UAGCGGGAAGGUUGGCCUUCUGGGGGGCCCUGCUGGGGAUCUGGCUCUGUCCGCCCCCGCCCAGCCCUCAGUCUGCCGGCCCUGAGCCCCCGGACUGUGGUCCCUGGCGCCAGGUGUCCUGGUAGACGCAAACAUGGGCACUGGCAGGGACGGACCCUAGCCUCCCCUGGGGCCUGUGGGCUAGGAGGUGAACUAAAAGUGAAGCCCGCCCUCCAGCGCCAGCGCGGGCAGGGGCGGGGCUCGGAGCGGACUCCCAGGCUGAAUAGUGGCGGGGCGGGGCGGAUCGGGGGCGGAAGAGAGGCGGAGUGGGCCGGGGUCUGCGACCCGGCCGGGCCGGGCCGGGGCGGGGUCAAGGCGGGGCGCCCCGGGCCCGCCCGGCUAGAGUCGGGGCCGCCAGCCGGGUCCCGUGACACCGGCCGGAGAGCGCUGGUCACAGGCGCCAGCGCGGCCGGCGGGGGCGGUGGCGGCAACAUGGCCUCGGAGGCGGACCUGCGCGCCCGGCUGCAGCGCGCCGGCCAGCAGCACCUCCUGCGCUUCUGCGCCGAGCUGGCGCCGGAGCCCCGAGCCGCGCUGCUGGCCCAACUCGAGGCCCUGGAGCCCGAGGCGCUGCGCCAGCACUGCCAGCGCGCGGCUGCCGCCUGCGCGCGCCCCCCGGGCCCGCCGCCCGACCUGGCUGCGCGGCUGCAGCCCCUGCCUCCUGAGCGCGUGGGCAGCGCGAGCGAGGGUGACCCGCAGACCCGGCGGCUCUGGGAGGAGGAAGGUCUCCAUCAGAUCGCCCUGAACAAGGUGGCCGUGCUGCUGCUGGCCGGUGGGCAGGGCACCCGCCUGGGCGUGACCUACCCCAAGGGCAUGUAUCAGGUCGGGCUGCCCAGCCAGAAGACCCUGUACCAGCUGCAGGCGGAACGGAUCCGGCGGGUGGAGCAGCUGGCCGGCGAGCGCCACGGGACCCGCUGCACCGUGCCCUGGUACAUCAUGACCAGUGAGUUCACGCUGGGGCCCACGGCCAAGUUCUUCAAGGAGCAUGACUUUUUCCACUUGGAUCCCAACAACGUGAUCAUGUUUGAACAGCGCAUGCUGCCUGCUGUGACCUUCGAUGGCAGGGCCAUCCUGGAGAGGAAAGACAAGGUCGCCAUGGCGCCAGAUGGCAAUGGGGGCCUGUACAGCGCGCUGGAGGACCACCAGAUCCUAGAGGACAUGGAGCGGCGAGGAGUGGAGUUCGUGCACGUGUACUGUGUGGACAACAUCCUGGUGCGGCUGGCCGACCCAGUCUUCAUAGGCUUUUGCGUGCUGCGGGGCGCCGACUGUGGAGCCAAGGUGGUGGAGAAGGCGUACCCUGAGGAGCCGGUGGGUGUGGUGUGCCAGGUGGACGGCGUCCCCCAGGUGGUGGAGUACAGCGAGAUCAGCCCCGAGGUGGCGCAGCUGCGCGCGCCAGAUGGGGGCCUGCUGUACAACGCAGGCAACAUCUGCAACCACUUCUUCACCCGAGACUUCCUGCGGAUGGUCACCAGGGAACUCGAGCACCUGCUGCAGCCACACGUGGCUGUGAAGAAGGUGCCCUGUGUGGAUGAACACGGGAACCCGGUAAAACCGCUCCAGCCGAACGGGAUCAAGAUGGAGAAGUUCGUGUUUGACGUGCUCCCGUUUGCCAAGAACUUCGUGGCCUUCCAAGUGCUGCGGGAGGAGGAGUUCUCCCCCCUCAAGAACGCCGACUCGGCCGACAGGGACAGCCCCUCCACGUCCCGGCGGGCCCUGCUCGCCCAGCACUGCCGGUGGGCCCUGCAGGCCGGCGCCCGCUUCUUGGACGUGCAUGGGGCCCAGCUCCCCGAGCAGCCCAGCCUGCCUGGCAGUGCAGAGCCUCCAGCCAUCUGUGAGAUCUCACCCUUGGUGUCAUACGCUGGAGAGGGGCUGGAGGAGUACCUGCGAGGUCGCGAGUUCCGGCCCCCGCUCAUCCUGGAUGAGACCACGGCGAGGGAGCUGCAGCCCUGACCUCCGCCAGCCCCGGGGCCCAAGGCCCAGGACGCAGCCCCGCCUGGGCUCCGGUCAGGAGAGCUGCUCUGCGAUUCUGGCUGCAGACCGGGGAGCCCAGAAGGGAGCAGGCCUCCUCCACCGGGGUGGGAGGCCUCCCGCCACCCCGUCCCCGGGCGCCAGGUGACCCCAGGCCUGCGGGGCCCCUGGGGUGCUCUGGCUUCACUCCUGCUGUGGCGUCCAGGCUGGAGGCAGAGGGACUGAGGGGACUGGGGUGGGGCCAAGGCGGGUGCGGAAGGUGCUGAGAGGCGCACGGGCCUGUCAGCUGAGGGGGCUCCUGGGCCCCUGCACACCUACCUGGCGGGAGCAGCAGCAGCCAUGCUGCGCUUUUCUGCAGAGAUGAGGGGACGGCAGCACCUGCAGGGCUCCAUGUUGGGGGGGACAGCUGAGCCUGUGGGUCACAACCUGGCCCGCCUUCCCUGCCCGGCUGAGGCCCACAGCAGGUCCGGAGCUGGCUCUCUGGGAAGCUUGGCCUGCAUGCCUGGCAGGGUUCUCUCAAGUUCCGUCCAAGGCCUCAGCCCCCAGAAAACAGUGGGACCCAUGGAGGGUGCCCCACCUCACCGACGCCUCAUGCCUAUAGGGAGCUUCUGACAACUCAGUGCUCACACUCCUUCCCCCCACAGCCCCCCAGGAAGGGGUGGGCACAGCCCCUCACUGCACACCCCCGGCCUGCUCAAGGCGGGGAGAAGCCGGCUGGCUGUGGUCUCGGGCCCUGCCUGCUUCCCGCCUGGAGAGCAGCACGGGGCACCUGCCCCCUCCUCCUGUGAAGAGCGUCCUAAGUGCGGCCGCAGCUCAGCCAGGCUCGCCCCGCCCCUCCCCGCUCCUCCAGCCCACGUGUAGCCGUCUUCCCCAGGAAGGGUGCUGUCCCGGGAGCUUCAGUGGCAGCGACCCUUCCAGGGGCCUGGAGUGGACGGUGGCUCGUCCACGCCUCCCGCCCCGGGUGUGACGGCGGGGCCAGGGCCAGGAGGAUGACUGCGCCUCCAUCCAUCCAGGCUCUGCCAUCAGUCCUAACUGUGCCUUACUUGCCUUCCCCCAGCUGCUCCACAGGCGAGCAGAGGGCCUGGGGCAGAGGGUCACCAAGGAGGAGGUUGAGGGUCCCGCUUGGCUCCUCACUGCCAUGACAGGGCAACCUCUUUACCACAUCGAGUCUGUUGGGUAAACUAUUAAAACAGCUUGCUUUCACAAAA